AUGCCAAGAAAAAGGACGUCGAUUCAACCUGUACCAUCUUCUAUCAAUACCCCAGCGCCGUUGGCGCGGGAUGUAUCGGAUCUCAGUGGAUCUUACAUAUUCGGAUCGAAAUCAUUGGAACCUUACAAAGCGAAUUGGCGACGGGGUCACGAGCUUGAUACCUCAUCGGUAUCUGCGGAUUCAACACUACUGACACUUCGAAUGAAAAGGAGGCGAGUAACAUCAACAAAAACCCCUGUGCUGCUAGUGCUAAUGGAUUCCAGGCGCAAUCUUUAUGAAAUAAUUCGUCUGUUCAUCGAUGCAGAAAUCGACUCGGCGAAAAGUGUUGUGGAUCUAGUUCAGGAAUCGAUUCCGGACAGGUGGAAACCAUCCUGUGACGGCAUUUUCCAAAAGAGAGGAGUUACAUUCACGCAACUAAUUAAUAUUCUCAAGCUAAGAAAGUAUGACAUUCAACCAAAUGAAAUCUUUAUUGGCAAGCCGGUAUACAUGACGUCAAGACAAACAAUGUCAGCAGCAAACGGGAUACUGGAGCAUUUGGAAAAUCGAGGAUUUCUAAAGGUGGAUGGAGACGAAAAGAGUGCACUGGGGAUGCAAACGGCUCCAUUCAUCUUUGAAAGCCAGACUUCCAACAACGGGGCUACAAGUCACACUAUCGAAAAGAAACAAACGUGCUUUUAUCAACGACCAUUAUUAGCGAAAAAGUCUAUGGAAUCACAAAGUAGCGACAAACCAUUUCGACUUGACAAAAUUGCAGAGGUACUCAAAUUCGAAUGCCAUGAUGCUGCAUCACAAGAGGAGACUGUACUUCGAGGCAAUGAAAGUGCGAUAUCUACGAUCCUAUCCAUACUAGACUGCUGCUACAUCACACCCAAAGUGUCAAGUCCAGUGGAUUACACUUACUGCAGCAAUGGAAAAGACGGAUUUUUCGCACAAUCAUAUGGUCCGAUUGGGGAGAAAGACAGAAGGUUCGCUAACACACAUCGAUACUGA